AUGGAACCGGCGGUGACUUCAUGUCCCUCGCAGGGAUCCUCCACGAAUGGAUUUCGUGUGGAGAAAGGUCGUAGAAAUGCGAACGAUUAUUUAAAUAUCGAUCCAUCAUCAACUUUUCUCAGCAAUUCGUCUAGAAUUGAAGAGUUUCCCGACAACUUUUUGGAAACAAUUAGCCCGCAACAGACAAAUGCUCCUUUAAAUUCAUUGCUGCAUGGAGAAACGGCAACGUCAAGUCCACAAUUGGCACCGUUAGCUCCAAUGGCGAUUGGAACAGAGCAAAGUUUCGGAAAUGGUCCAGCCGGUUUGUUGUCCCCGUUGCAUAUGGAUGGAAGGCGGCAUUCAGUGGGAUCCGAGUAUCGAGGAGUGUACAUCAAGGAGGAAACCGAUCUGGAUGCGACUCAUCACUUGAUGAUGUCUUCAAGUCAAAUUAUCGGAGCACAACAUCAGGCGGAAUUGGAUCGGGCAAACGCGGAAACGCCUCCAGCCGUGAGCAAUGUCGAGCUAGCCAGCAACAUGAUUGCCAGCAUGAUUGGAGAUCAGGGUGAUUCCUCUCCAUCUCCUCAUUACUCAUCGGGCCCCAGUGGAAGCAUGCUCAUUUCACGGCUCACCACGAUAAAAACGGAUGAUGAGAGUCUGGAUGGUGCUUCUCAUGCGAAUGGAGAUCACGCAGUCAAUGGAGAGCCAACCAUUUACAAACCAGCUUACAAUAAAGGCAAAAGAACCUACUCAACAAAGGACACAAGUGAUCCCUUAAAUGCCGAGAUUGAUGACGACAUUUAUAUUGACACAAAGGAAUUGUGUAAACGAAUCGCUUACGAAUUGAAACAACACUCGAUCCCUCAAGCGAUAUUUGCUGAAAGGAUACUUUGCAGAAGUCAAGGUACAUUGUCCGAUUUGCUGAGGAAUCCAAAGCCAUGGAACAAAUUGAAAAGUGGACGAGAGACAUUUCGUCGAAUGUUCAACUGGGUUCGACAACCGGUUGCAGUGCGACUCGGCAUUUUGGACAUGUUCAAUAAAGAGCUGGACGGAGAAAAUGGAGCUGCCAAAAUGGGAAUGUCUCCGCCAACGCCCGCGCAAAACGUUCGUCAUCACACGAGAGCCAGAAAUUCCGGGCUUCCUGGGGAUGGUGAACCGUCGAACAAGCGCCCAAGACUCGUUUUCACCGACAUUCAGAAGAGAACGUUACAGGCUAUCUUCAAAGAGACUCAACGACCAUCAAGAGAAAUGCAGCAAACGAUAGCCGAGCAUUUGAGACUUGACCUUUCAACAGUGGCGAAUUUCUUUAUGAAUGCGAGAAGAAGAAGUAGGAUUGGACCCGGAAACGAUGAGCCGGCUCCAUAUCAACAGGUGAGACCGAUUACACCACCGCCGGACAGUCCUCCCCGAAUAUCACCCGCCGCUCCACGAAAUCGUCCUAACGCUCGGCAGCCGGCGAACAUGUCCCUAAUUGAGCAAACUGUGAGUGGCGUAGCAGAGGAAGCGAUUCAAUACUCGAGGAAACUAGAUGAGGAGCUUGCUGCUUCCUCUUUACAACAUAUGCAUCAUUUGGGAGCUAUCAGUUAUAAAGAGAAUCUUGAAAAGCUUGGUCAACUAAAUGGUGAUGGUGGUGAAGACGGUGGAGUGAUAGUUGACGGUGAAAUUGAGGGGACAGCUGAAGAGGUCGAAGCGGAAGAAGCGGUCGGGCAGCCAGACGCGGACACGCAACCUCCGGUUGUCACGUACACUGUGCCGGACACACCCGGUGAUGAGUUGCCUCAAACAUCGCUUGCAGAAGCAACUCUUCUUGAAAAGGAUGUAAAGCAAGAACCCUCGGCAAAAGAUGACGCCGAA